GGUCUAGUCAACGACGUUCGUUCUAAGAGGACUAGGUGAAUACCCAUCGUUUUCCCUCAUCGAGCCAUUCAGUUCCCUGCGUCCCACUUCAUGACCCAGCAACCGAUCUAACAACCACCGGAAAAUGGAAAAAGUUUCCUCAAAACCCAAACAGAUUUUCAUCUUAUCCGGCCAGAGCAACAUGGCUGGUCGGGGUGGAGUAAUUAGAGAUCCCCAUCAGCACCACCAGCACUGGGACCAUGACGUCCCGCCGGAAUGCCAUCCUCAUCCAGAUAUCCUCCGGUUCACCGCCAAGCUUCAGUGGGUUGAAGCCCAUGAACCUCUCCAUGACGACAUCGACACUAAGAAAGUGUGCGGAGUGGGGCCAGGGAUGUCAUUCGCGAACUCCCUGAGAGAUUGCGGCGUCGGGGUGGUGGGUCUGGUGCCGUGCGCCGUAGGUGGGACGGCGAUUAAGGAGUGGGCUCGUGGGGAGGAGCUGUAUGAGACGAUGGUGAAACGGGCAAAGGAGAGUGUGAAGGAAGGUGGAGAGAUCAAGUGUUUGUUGUGGUACCAAGGAGAGAGCGACACGUCUACUGAACAUGAUGCUGAGGCGUACCAGGGGAGCAUGGAGAAGCUAAUUCAGAAUGUGAGAGAGGAUCUGGCUUUGCCUUCUCUUCCAAUUGUUCAGGUAGCAAUUGCAUCAGGGGAUGAGAAAUACUUGGAGAAAGUGAGAGAAGCACAACAAAGGAUUAAUAUCCCAAAUGUGGUAUGUGUGGAUGCCAAGGGAUUGCAACUCAAACAUGAUAAUCUCCACCUAACAACUCAAUCUCAAGUUAAGUUGGGCCAAAUGCUGGCUGAAGCCUACCUUAAGCAUUUUGCAUCAUCCUAAAAUUUCUUCACUUCAAAGGAAUUUAAUCUAUGUUCUCCACAUUCUGUUGUGUUUUGAAUUGUUUGCUUAUUCUUGGUCUUUGAUCUUUUCUGCAUGCAACUUUUUCUUCUCUCCAAUUCCGUCUUCUCAAUUAUGUUAUGUCUUUGAUUUUCUACCUUGCUAGUUCAACACCUUCAAUGGGUAUCUGUUUUCCAUUGUGUUUGAUUAUGAUUGUUGUGGGUUCUUGUAGUGUGAUAGACUACUCAAUAAAUAUAUCACCCGCUUCACAAGUGUGUUUA